AUGAAAGAUAUUGGUAACUCGUACUUCUCAAUUAUAGUUGAUGAAUCCCGUGAUGUUUCUACAAAGGAACAACUUGCUAUUGCUGUGAGAUAUGUAGAUAAGUUGGGCCAAGUGAUUGAAAGAUUUAUAGGUAUCAAACAUGUCACAUCCACUAAUGCAGUUACACUAAAGGCAGCCAUUGAAGACAUUCUAGCUAAACACUCUUUGAGCAUACAAAUGAUACGUGGUCAAGGUUAUGAUGGGGCAUCCAAUAUGCGAGGGGAAUUUCAUGGUUUAAAGGCCCUUAUUUUAAAUGAUAAUCCUCAAGCAUUUUAUGUUCACUGUUUCGCUCAUCAACUCCAAUUAUGUUUGGUAGCAGUGGCAAAGAAUCACUGGCAAGUAAAGCAUCUCUUUGAGUUCACUUCUAGAAUUAUUAAUACUAUUGGAGCUUCCUGUAAGAGAUCUGAUACUCUUAAGAGUAUUCAGCAUGAUAAAGUCCUUCUUCAUCUUAAAAAUGGCAAUCUCAUAAGUGGAAAAGGUUUGAAUCAAGAGACUAAUUUACAAAAAUCUAGUGAUACUCGUUGGAGUUCGCAUUUUCAUUCUUUGAUUAGUCUCAUGCGUAUGUAUGCUUCUGUGAUUGAGGUCCUAGAGAUUGUUAAGGAAGAAGGGGUUCAUGAUCAGCAAUCGGUUGAAGCGGGUGUUCUGAUUGAUAUAAUGGAAUCUUUUGAUUUUAUUUUUACAAUGCAUUUGAUGAUUGAUAUAUUGGGCAUUACGAAUGAGUUAUCGCAAUCAUUACAAAGAAAAGAUCAAGACAUUGAAAAUGCGAUGAAAUUGGUUCAAGUAUCUAAACAACGACUGCAACUACUAAGGGAGAAUGGAUGGAAUGCUUUACUAGCCGAAGUGACAUGUUUUUGUGGUGUUUUUGAAGUUGUUGUUCCAAACAUGAAUGAAACAUAUAGAACUCGCCGUCGAGCAGUGCGAAGAGGUGAAGAAAUAACAAAUCUACAUCAUUAUCGUGCAGAUUUAUUUUAUACUGUAGUUGACAUGAAACUUCAAGAGCUAAAUAAUCGAUUUUCUGAAUCUAGUACUGAGUUACUACUUUGUGUGUCAUGCUUAAACCCAAGUGAUUCAUUUCAUGCUUAUGAUGAGGGGAAGUUGAUAUGUCUAGCAGAGUUAUAUCCAAGUGAUUUUUCUAUAAUUGAAGUUGUUGCUCUUAAAAGUCAAUUAUCAACUUAUAUUAUUGAUAUGCAGACCAGUGAAGAGUUCUCCUCUCUUAGAAGUAUUGUUGAUCUUGCAAAGCAGAUUGUUAAGUUCAAGAAGAAUGAUGUGUAUCCUCUAGUUUACAGACUUAUUACUUUAGCAUUAACUUUACCAGUUGCUACUGCUACAGUGGAGAGAGCAUUUUCAUCAAUGAAAAUUAUCAAACAUCGUUUGCGUAGUAGGAUGGGUGAUGAUUGGCUCAACGAUUGUCUUGUGCCUUACAUUGAAAAAGAUGUAUUUGAUUUGAUUCCCAAUGAAGAUGUAAUCCAAUAUUAUCAAAAAAUGCAAAAUAGAUUGAUAAAAUUGUAA